GAGGACUUCCGGGAAUCUCGGCUGAGGAAACUGGGAUUCUCUGAGUAACGGGUGACGCCGGUUCCGCUAUGGAGUUUGAGGAGGCGAGAGACUUUAGUGAACGCUGUACACAGUGUACUGCUGUUUCCUGGGGAAUUACUGAUGAAGGAACAUAUUAUUGUACAUCUUGCCUCAAUGUUACAGAGAGGUGUAAGGAGGUUGAAAGUAUUGUGGACUUUACACCUAACACAAAGAUCCAAGCCAUCAGUAGAGGACUUAAAAAAAAAAGGAAACUUGAGAAAGGCUGGGAGUGGUAUGUCUGUGAAGGUUUUCAGUAUGUACUUUAUCAACAAGCUGAGGCUCUGCUGUCCCUAGGAGUGUGCCCCAAAUUAAAGGAUGAAGUAUUACAUAAUUUUUGGAAGCGUUACCUUCAGAAGAGCAAGCAGGCAUAUUGCAGGAAGCCAAUAUAUUCCAAUGAUAAUAAAUCUGCAGCAUCUGACAGCCAUCUGAGUCUUUCAGGCUUGGAUAGUGAGCCUGAGCUGCUUAGUAUCCGUAGCUGCCCCUCCUCAGAAGGUGAAGCAGAAUCUCAGUCUGAUGUCAACAGUGGACUGAUUCUUCCGAACAUCAAAACUACACAAUGUGAAACUACCUCUGUAUGUUCUGGAUCAGUUGAUGGAGUUGAAUAUUCAAGGCAGAAGGAAAAAGGGAUUUUGAAGAUGACUCUGCCAAUGACACUUGCAUUCUGCUAUAUGUCAUUACUUUGGCAGAGGGAAACAAUUACCCUUUCAGAUCUCUUGAGAUUUGUAGAAGAUGGUCAUAUUCCCUACAUAAACACUUACCAGAAUUUUCCAGAGGAGAUGAAGUUAUAUGGACAAGACAUAAAAUUUUUUUCUGUUGAGUCUUGGCCUGUCUAUGAAGAUAUAUAUGAAAAAAUGAUUGAACUUGGAAAAUUUUUGGACUUACCUCGUUUUCCAGAUAUAACUGAGAAUUGUUUUCUCCAUCCAAAUAUGUUGUGUAUGAAGUACCUGAUGGAAGCCAAUUUACCUGAUGAAAUGCAUAGCCUGACUUGUCAAGUGACUAGAAUAACUGGCAUGGGAGAAGUGGAUUUCCUGACUUUUGAUCCAAUAACUCAAAAGACAAAGACAGUUAAAUAUGAUGUUCAGGCUGUAGCUAUUAUUGUUGUGGUGCUGAAACUACUCUUUUUAUUGAAUGACAAUGUUGAAUGGUCCCUUUCUAGCCUUGCGCAAGAAAAUAAUGAAAAUAACCAUGAAGGUAAGCCAUAUUUUGACUUCAGAAAGUGGUAUCAGAUUAUGAAGAAAAUAAUUGAUGAGAAACAGCAAAAACAAGAGGAAUUCAGAGCAAAGUACCUGUGGAAAAGUGCAAAGCCACUGUAUUAUUCAUCAGUGGACAGAUCAGUAGUUUACAAAAGACGACGAAUGGUAGCAAACCUCCAAAAACAAUUUAGCAUACUGGUUGAUUCAGCACCAAAUCCAGAAAAGAAGAAACCAUCAAGUUUCCAGUUGAACUGGGCAGAAGACCAGAAUACAACUUGCUUCCAUGGACACAGUCUUCAGAAAAUCCUACAAAAGAAAGGGAAAUCAUUAACAACCUUGAACUCACAGUAUUGGCUUAGCACUCAGAAGUUCUGUAAGAGUUACUGUAAACAUGUAACUACCUAUGAAGAAUCAAAUUUUUCUGUGAGCUACCAGUUUGUACUAAAUUUUUUCUCCUUCCUACUGAGGAUAAAGACUUCACUUCUUCAUGAAGAGGUAAGCUUAAUUGAAAAGAGACUUUUUUACAAAAAAUAUGAGAAUAAAAGUAAAGCCUCUAAAUCCAAAAAAGCAAGAAGAUUUUAAGAAGAUAAAAGUGGAAAUGAUUUUGAGAAAUUUGCUUCUACAUAUCUUCACAGUGUUUUUGCCACAGAACUGUACUUCAUUACUUCAAAAGAUUUAUUGUUUCAGUGUGCACGCUCCAUCCAUCACUGCAGAUGACAAGUUGUAUGUAUCUUAGACAUUUUCAUGAGUUGCUGUAAGUCAAAAGUAAAUCCUAGUACCCAGCAUUCCUGUGAUAAACAUCUUCAAACUUAGCCAGGAUGAUCCUUAGGCCUGCUGCCAGGCCCAUCCUUGAAGUCUUGUCAGCUUGAUAUUACCUGCCAGAGCUGGUAUUCUGCUGUCAGAAUUCAGAGUCACCUCCACACCACGAACAAGCAUCAAGAAGGACUUAAUGGAAGUAAUAUUGUUAUAAAGUCUUCAUAUUAAAAAUUUAAACAAAUUAUUGAAGAAUAGCAAAAUAUUAGUGAGAUUAUAUUUUUAUUCACCUGUGUAGCAAACAUUAAGACUGUCUUACCUUUGUAUUUCCCCUAGUGCUUAGCUUGUGCCUUAAUAAAUGUUUGUUGAACCAAAUUAAAACAGAUGGGGGAAAAUUAUUGGUUAGAGUGACUUGUAACUUAAUCAUAUGUUGAAUAAAGUAAGAAAGAUUUUUAAAAAUCUGUUUAUAUGUGCAUGUAUGAAUACAUAUGUACAUUUACAU